CUAUCUCAUUGAAAAGGAGACAAGGAGUAAAAUAAAAUAAACGUUCAUAUUGUUUGGCAAAUUAGUUCUUAUAUAUGUUAUUUAGUGAUUUGCAUCUAAGUUGCAGAAAUAGACCAAUUUCGGAAAGUCAAUCGUAUUGGUAAUAAAUUUGUUAAUAGUGUACAAAUACAGAAAAUAACGACAUGAAUCCUAUGUCCGUGGACAGGGAUGAGCCUUCAUCUUUGUCUUCAUUUUCCACAAAUCACCCACUGGAACAAUUCGUGCUAUUAGCAAAGGGUGCCAAAGGUUUCGCCUGUGCCGAACUAAUAAAGCAAGUACUAGAAGCUCCCGGGGUACAUGUUUUCGGCGAACUUCUAGAAAUGCCAAAUAUCAAAGAGUUGGAAACUGGACCCUAUGCAACACACUAUAAGACAUUAAAUCUAUUUGCAUAUGGCACAUAUAAGGAAUAUCUAGAGAACAAGUCUGAAUAUUUGGAACUCACUCCAGUACAAUGCAAGAAACUACAACACCUGACCAUUGCAACGCUGGCAACACAAGAGAAAUGUAUACCAUAUAGUGUGCUCCUAAAGGAAUUAGAUAUUAAAAAUGUUAGAGACUUGGAAGAUUUAAUUAUAGAAGCAAUUUAUGCAGAUAUUAUUCACGGUAAACUGGAUCAAGAAUGUAAGCGUGUAGAGGUUGAUGUUGCUCUUGGUAGGGAUGCAAGGCUGGAAGAUGCGUCUGGUAUUGCAGAUGUGCUGGCCGACUGGUGCAACGCCUGUGAAGCUGUGCUCAGUUCUGUAGACAGGCACAUACAGCGAGCUAACCAUCAUAAACAAAAAGCAUUAAGACAUCAACAGGGCAUUGAACAGGAGAUAUCAUAUAUAAAGAAGACAUUGAAGACGCAAGCGGAGAACGACGAGUCGGGCGCGGGCGGCGGCAGUGAGACGCACUCCGCGCCUAAAAAGGCUUCGGGCAAAAGCAAGACUCCUCGUAAUGCAUCCAAGUUCUGGCACAAGAACACAUAAUGCUUCCCACCAAUGUACAUAACUUGUGAUAUGUUAAU